UUUUUAUUUGAAAUUCGUCUGCUGCAAUGUGGUGGUAAAAUCAUGGUGAAGUUGUUCUGAAUUUUUUUUAUACAAUAGCAAAAACGGAAAAAUCAACAUACUCUGAAGAAAUAUCUCAUCAUGGAGUUAACUGUCGAAAAUUUAGAGAAAGCCGUUAGUCAUUUUUAUCAAAAUUCGGCCACACAGUCUCAACUUAACUUGUGGUUGACUGCUGCCCAGUCAUCGGCUCAAGCAUGGAUAUUCGGAUGGCAACUUCUUGAUCAGUCAAAACCGGUGGAGGUGCAGUACUUUGGAGCUAGCUCAUUGCAGAUAAAAAUCUCUAGAUUUUGGCAAGAAAUUCCAGCUGACAAUUAUGCAGCUUUCAGAGAAAAACUAAUCGAUGCUGUUAUGUUUUAUGCAAAUGGACCCAAAAUUGUACUAACUAGAUUAUGCCUUGCACUGUCAUCCAUGAUUUUGCACUCUAUUCCUGAUCAAUGGACUAGUCCUUUGAGCGAUUUCAUAUCAAUAUUGCAACGUGCCAGUGGAGGUAGCCAACUAAAACCACAACAUGUAAAUCUAUUGUUAGAGAUAUUGACUGUUCUUCCGGAAGAGUUUCAAAGUAUGCGAUUAGCACAUGAAAGAAAAAUUGCUAUCAGAGGAGAACUACUUAAAGCAGUUAAAGAUGUACUGCCAAUUUUACGUGAAGUUAUUUGCCGUGGAAUUCAUCGUGAAACACCGGUUUCUUCAGAUGACGAAUCAACUUCUCAAUCCGGCAUUAAGUGUUUUUCGUCGUGGAUUCAACAUGGAGUUGGAGUCGGCUUAGACGAAAGCCUCCAUUUGGUAGAACCUUUAUUGGCAGCGGCCCGUAAUCCCAAUAUGACAGAAACAUCACUGGAAGCAUUAACUCAUCUACUGAAUCACCCUGAAACUCACCGUUAUCCAAAUUUGCUCAUGGACAUGCUGAACCAGCUGCUCUCGCUUCAAGACCAUAUUCAGCUGUUGAGACGUGAAGGAGACUUGGAGGGUGCAGCUCACAUCUAUGCUACGCUUGCGGCUUUUGGCGAGAGCCACUCUCGUCUUCUGUUGGAUGCAGUUCUAGAAGACGGAUUAAAGAAGGAGAAUGUUCUUCAACUGAUACAAAUCAUGUUGGAGAGCACCGGAACUCCUGGUCGAUAUCCUCUAGACGAGAACUGCAGUCACUUGGCUUUUAGUUUCUGGUACAUUCUUCAAGAUGAUAUUUGUACUUCACCUGUUGACAAACAAAAAAUCUAUCAGUCAUUAUUUGGUCCCGCGUACUUGACUCUGGUCGAUAUUUUGAUGACCAAAUCAAUGAUAGCAAUUGAUCAGUCGGAUUGGACCCCUGACGAUAAGGAAACUUUUCGGUGUUAUCGACAGGAUAUUGCUGAUACGCUAGCUUAUUGCUACAAGUUUUUGAGAUCCGCAAUGAUGGAACGUUUGGCCUCUCACCUGGCCUCAACCGUGUCUCAAUGUAAUCAGAAUCCCAAUGAGUGGCCUCCAUUGGAGGCAUGUCUGCAUGCUUUAAAAGCGGUCGCUGAGAAUGUUGAAGCGGAAGCAGAUCUGCUCGUACCUCAGAUACUGAGUUUGUUCGGCAGUAUUCCAUACGGUUCCGGUCAUCGCUACGUCGUUAACACGGCCCUUGAGACCCUAGGUGCUUACGCUGAAUGGUUGAGUGCACACCCCACCUACUUGGGCCACGUACUACCUAUUCUUCUUUUUGGGCUUAAUAACCCCGACGCUGCCCCGGCAGCAACUUUAGCCCUUAAGGACAUUACGCGAGAUUGUCAAAUUGGUAUUCGGCCGUAUGCCGAAGCAUUAUUGCAAGGUGCUGAACAAGCUCUGCGCCUCGAUGAUCUCAAAGAUAGUGAAAAGAUUCGUUUGAUGUAUAUUUUAGGGAAAGUGUUAUCGAUUCUUCCUCUGGAUAUGAUAGUGGCCAGUUUGAAUCGUGUAGUAGGUCCGUGUGUGGAGGAAUUACGAGCUCUAUGCACUACCCGUGAACCGGACGCCACUACAAAAAUUGUUCUUAUUACUCGGCUUAAAAUGAUUGCCACUUUAUGCACUACUCUUGAUUUGAGAAUCUCUAGUGGAGAUGAUUCUGAAGCUGACGAAUCCACUACUCGACAGGUUUUAGCAAUCCAGCAACAGCCCGUCCUAUUGAUUGCACAACAGCUGCUACCUUUUUUGAAAGGUGUUGUUGAUCACUGGGGUUCCGAUGAACAGAUUUCAGAGUCCAUUUGCUUGGUUGUCAAACAUACCGUCUCGACGUUAAUGGAAGAAUCAUUAUCUUUUUUGCCAGAAUUGGCAGCUGUGAUAGUCCAAUGUCACCGGUUAUCACCGCAAGCAGCUACAUUGGACGUGGCCAAAAUGAUCAUUUUGAUUUUUAGCCAGACCUCGAACGACGCUCAGCAGCUUAUUAGUGCCUUUCUCUCGGAGAUCAUAGGAACUACGUUGCAAGUUUGCGGAGUGGACUGCAACACAUUGACACUUGAUGGAGUUCCAUCGAUUGAUGUUGCCCGCCUCGCUGAUAACAAUGAGGUCUUGGGUAGUUUUCUCGGUCUACUAACUCAAAUCAUUAGGAAGAAUCCCAAACUAUUGAUUGGUUCGUCUUACCCUUUGCCAUCACUUUUUUAUUGUGGUAUCGCCGGUUUGACGAGACCAGAAUCACCAGUCCUCAAAGCAUCUACUCAAUUUUUGGUCCACUUCAUCACACAAAGCAGAGAGAAUCCCGAGUUGGUAUCUGUCGUGCAAAAUCAAGGCCUACUACUGGUUACUCAACUUUUAAGCUGCAUAGGAGGGGAAUCUCCUCGAGCUCUUGUGGAGCACACGGCCGAUGUUAUUUUGGCCCUUAACAAGAAAUACUUCGACAGUCUUUGUCGAUGGAUGAGUGCAUCGCUUGGUCGUGAACGUUUUCCAUCGGCCCUUGUCAACCAAAUUCAAAAGGAAAAUUUUUGCCGGUCUAUCCUUAAGGAAAAAUCUAACAAGAGAAGACUGCAAGACAUUGUAAGAGAGUUCUCGCUACAAUGCCGAGGACUUGAUGGUACUGAGUACUCGGAACAGACAAAUCGAUUACUUCCUUGAAAUUUUAUAAACAAUUUGAUGUAAUUUGUAUAUCUUUCUCGUCAUUACAAAUCCGCUCGAAAUAUCAA